UGUACUCAAACUGCCAAUAAAAAUUUUAUUCAAUCAAUCAAACUAUAGAAAAGUGUUGGAUCGAUUUUCCAGAUCACUUUCUUGCCGGCUCAUUUUAUAUAUAUUGGACAUAUAGCCAACAUACCACAUGGUAUUGUUUCUUUUCCGGUGAUCGUAGCUCUAGAACACAUUCAAGAUGUUGAUGCCCAAAAGUCAUCGUGUCGCUAUCUAUGAAAACCUCUUCAAAGAAGGUGUUAUGGUAGCCAAAAAAGACUUCCAUGCCCCAAGCCACUCAGAACUAGAGAACAUUCCUAAUCUUCACGUUAUCAAAGCUUUACAGUCAUUGAAAUCCCGUGGCUAUGUAAAGGAACAGUUUGCAUGGAGGCACUAUUACUACUACUUGACAAAUGAUGGUAUUGAGUACCUAAGGCAAUUCCUCCACCUACCCCCUGAAAUUGUGCCUGCUACUCUUAAACGCAAGGCCGCAUCUGAUCCUUCGAGGCAGAAGCCUAUGAUGGGCCCCAGAGGCCCAGAAGGCUCUAGACCAUCUGAGGAUCGUGCUGGUUACAGGCGGGCAGGACCUGGUCCUGACAAAAAAGCCGAUGUCGGCGCUGGGACUGGCGAACUGGAAUUCCGUGGUGGAUUCGGCCGUGGAAAAUCGUUCCAAUAAACGAAUUUUAUAUGCCAGAGUUAUUUAUUCUUGAUGCUACCAGCUUGAAAGUUAUCGAAUAAUUUUGUAUAUAAUGUCUAAAUAAAAAAUUUGUUUAUAAAAAGGA